UCUCCGGUAGAGUCUUCGGACAGCUGGUGCUGCAGUUGUAGGAACAUCCUUGUCUCCUCAGUCAUGGCUUGUGGUCUGGUCGCCAGCAACCUGAAUCUCAAACCGGGAGAGUGCCUCAAAGUGCGGGGUGAGGUGGCUCCGGACGCCAAGAGCUUCGUGCUGAACCUGGGCAAAGACAGCAACAACCUGUGCCUGCACUUCAACCCUCGCUUCGACAUGCACGGAGACAUUAACACCAUCGUGUGCAACAGCAAGGACGGCGGGGCCUGGGGGGCCGAGCAGCGGGAGUCGGCCUUCCCCUUCCAGCCUGGAAGUGUCGUGGAGGUGUGCAUCUCCUUUGGCCAGACAGACCUCACCAUCAAGCUGCCAGAUGGGUACGAAUUCAGUUUCCCCAACCGCCUCAACCUGGAGGCCAUCGAGUACCUGGCGGCCGAUGGCGACUUCAAGAUCAAGUGUGUGGCCUUUGAGUGAAGCCAGCUGGCCCAUGGCCCCCAAUAAAGGCAUUGCCUUUGCUGCCCC